AUGCCACUAACGCCGGCGGAAAAGCAAAAAAAUUACAGGGAAAAGCUUAAAGCUAAUAAUCCAGAAAAAUAUGAGGAGAUAAAAAAGAAAGCUGCAGAAAAUGCUUUGAGGUAUUAUAGAAAUAAAAGAGUUAAUUACAAAGGAGACCAAAAAGAAGAACAAAGACGAAAAUGGAAAGAAGAUAGAAAAAAGCCAAAGAACAAUUGCCAGCAACCUUGCAGCAAGACUACCGACAAAGAAUCCGUAGAUUUGCGUAAUAUUCAACGUCGUAUUGAAUACAAAUUUCAGCAAGAAAAUAUGAGAUUACUAAAAGAUUUAUUUAAUUUGUCAAAAAGGUUUAAUAAUCUGCAAAAUCUUCUUUACAGACACCAAAAACAAAUUGAUGAAACGAACGAAAAUUUAAAAAAUGUUCUGAUUAGACUUAAACAACUAGAAAAUAGUAAAACAUCGACUGAGAGUGAAGAAGCCAGUAUGAUGAGACAAAAUACAGCUGAGUACACUCCAAGGAAGAGAGUUGAAGAACUUAUUAGUGAAAACAUUCCUCAUAUUGAAACACCAAAGAAAGAAGUUAUUAAACAAAAACUACUGGAGCAUGAUGUUUUGACAGAAGCACUUAAGUUAGAAAUGAAAAGUUCAAAUCAAGCUGAAAAAAGAACAUUCAAAAAAGUUUUGAAAAAUGAUUUGGUCGAGAAAUACAGACAAAAAACAAAAUUAACGCUGUCCUUGGGUUUUAAAGGCAGUUUAAAAAAAUACACCAGGCUCAAAUUCGUAAGGCUAUUAUGUUACAAAAUAAAAUAG